UCCCAAGCACAGUUCCUGGUUCAAGCACAGCCCAACGUAGACAAGCUGGUGGAAGACCAUCUGGCAGUGCAAUCUCUUAUCAGGGCAUAUCAGGUAAGAACACAGCAUUGCGCCGGCGACCACGUUGUCCCAGCAGCUCCACUGCCGUGUAACACUGCCGGACAGUAGGAAGCUUAAAGCCACUGCCACCCCACCAGGGCCAUUGCUGCAGCAUGGUUUGCUCUCAACCCAGGCCAGGAGCAGCAGGGAUGGGGCCAUUCCCAGCCGGGGGGGUUGGGAUGGGAGCUCCGGGCUCUGCCUCCACCUCCUCUUGCUCAGGAGUAGCAUAGGACAGCCGUGCUGCUUCCCGUGCUUUGAAGGAGAGGAUUGACAGCACUUCAGGAAACAUUGCUUUGCUCUUUGCAAAUGGAUGAGGGCCGCUCACCACUGAAGCUCGGAGCCAUGCUGCCAAAAUCAACCUCUGGGGAGAAAUGAGUUCCUAGCAGAAUGGAAACCUCUGCAGCACGCACCCAGGGCUGGUGUUUCAGCUCAGGAGAACACUGAGAUGCAUUCCUGUGGCCAUCAUUCUUUCCAUCGUUCUUUCCCUGUUGGUUUGCCCAGCCGUGCUCACCUCUGGGGCACUGCACUGCUCCUGCUGGGCUGUUUGUGAGCUCCCUGCACUGUGCUGAUAGCACGGCAGCUAUUGCUGGCUCCUUGUCCUGCUGGCUUCCGAAUGCUGCGCUGUUGGAGGCAGGCACCUCCAAAGCAGCGAUGUGCCCACGAAGCCCUCAGCCCUCUGCGCUCCCUCUGCUGUCUCAGCCUCCGCAGCGGCCGUGCUGGGAGGUGGUUGCUCUUGACCUGCUUUCUCCGAUGUGGAUUGAGAAAGCUGCAGCCGUAGUGGGGAGGUUCCAGGCGGGGAGGCGUGCAGGUGGGUGAGGGCCGGCAGCCCCACCUGUGGUAUGUGACCUAUUUAACCAGCAGGCAAUUAAUUUCCCAAACCAGAUCGAGCUGGAGAGGCCCUGUAAGGAAAGGCGAGAGGUGUCCUGCCCUGUGCUGGCUCCUGGUGGCACCAGCACCGGUCUGUUCCUCCUCUGUGGCAGUGCUUGGGAGCCCAGCUCAUUAUUUCCUUUAAAAUGACCACCGUGGUCUUGUUAGGACUGGGGAAAACAAUCUGCCUCUGCAUCCCUGCGGCGGAGGAGGCCGUGGCACCCCACGGGGACUGCUGCCACUGCUGCCUUGGGGUUCUGUGGGGGGGAGGGUGGAAGAAAGAGGAAGAAAAGCACGGGAGAAGACCCCCUCCUUGUUCCUGCUGUACCCGAGCUGAGCUCUGGAUGGAGGAACCCAAUGUGGGAGGGCACUGCGGCCGCUGAGCCCUGGAACUGCUGGCCCUGAGAUUCGGGAUAGCCUUUCAUUCCCUUUUCAUCCAUUUUGGGGCAGCCCUUAACACAACUCGUGUGGGCAUCAUGGAUCCGGAGGGCAGCCCUGAGUACUGGAAAUCAAAGCCAUGAGUGUUCAAAACAAGAGAAGUGUGGACUAAAAAGAAAAGCAGUAGUCACUGGACAUCAGUAAAGUGUGGGAAGGAAAGUCUCAGCGGUGCCAGGGGCAGCAAGGAGGACUUUCAGGGCAGCUCUGGCUGCUGAGCGCUGCUGAGCUCUGUGUGGCGGCACAGGUAAGUGGGGGGCAGUGGCGCAGUGCUGCCCUUCCCAGUUCUGUGCUAGGAGCUGCUCCAGGCUUCAGAGCCACGGAGUGGGGCUGGGACCCUCCUGGCCGGCUCUGCGGGUGACGUGAGGAGGGAACCUGCAUGAGGUUGUGUGGUUUCGGUUAUUAUUUUAAGGAACAUCUCUUCAAUGAGUUCGUCUUAAUGACUAAUCUGUAUUGUUGCUUCCAGGUCAGGGGCCAUCACAUUGCAAAGCUCGAUCCUCUCGGCAUUAGUUGUGUAAAUUUUGAUGAUGCGCCUGUAACUGUUUCUCCAAACGUCGGUGAGAAUUACUCUGCAAAUUAAUUCGAAUGAUUUUACGGGCUGGAUGAGUCCGACCUCGACAAGGUCUUCCAUUUGCCCACAACCACCUUCAUCGGAGGAAAUGAGUCGGCUCUUCCGCUGCGGGAGAUCAUCCGCCGCCUGGAGAUGGCCUACUGCCAGCACAUCGGCGUGGAGUUCAUGUUCAUCAACGACCUGGAGCAGUGCCAGUGGAUCCGGCAGAAGUUCGAGACCCCGGGGAUCAUGCAGUUCAGCAACGAGGAGAAGCGAACGCUGCUGGCACGCCUGGUCCGCUCCACCAGGUUUGAGGAGUUCCUCCAUCGGAAAUGGUCUUCGGAGAAGCGUUUCGGUCUGGAGGGCUGCGAAGUGCUGAUCCCAGCCUUAAAGACCAUCAUUGAUAAGUCGAGUGAGAAGGGAGUGGACUAUGUGAUCAUGGGGAUGCCCCACAGAGGGCGCCUGAACGUCCUUGCCAACGUGAUCAGGAAGGAGCUGGAGCAGAUCUUCUGCCAGUUCGACUCCAAACUGGAGGCUGCCGACGAGGGCUCCGGUGACGUCAAAUACCACCUGGGGAUGUACCACCGCAGGAUCAACCGCGUCACCGACAGGAACAUCACCCUGUCCCUGGUGGCCAACCCCUCCCACCUGGAGGCGGCUGACCCCGUGGUCCAAGGCAAGACCAAAGCGGAGCAGUUCUACUGCGGGGACACGGAGGGGAAGAAGGUGAUGUCCAUCCUCCUGCACGGCGACGCAGCAUUUGCAGGGCAGGGGAUCGUGUACGAGACGUUCCACCUGAGCGACCUGCCCUCCUACACCACGCAUGGCACCGUGCACGUCGUGGUCAACAACCAGAUUGGUUUCACCACUGACCCACGCAUGGCCCGCUCCUCUCCUUACCCCACCGACGUCGCCCGCGUGGUCAACGCUCCCAUCUUCCACGUCAACGCCGACGACCCCGAGGCGGUGGUUUAUGUGUGCAAUGUGGCAGCGGAGUGGCGAAGCACUUUCCAUAAGGACGUGGUGGUGGAUUUGGUGUGCUAUAGGCGCAACGGGCACAACGAGAUGGACGAGCCCAUGUUCACGCAGCCCCUGAUGUACAAACAGAUCCGGAAGCAGAAGCCAGUGCUGCAGAAAUACGCCGAGCUUCUGAUUUCACAGGGGGUUGUAAAUCAGCCAGAGUAUGAGGAGGAAAUUGCCAAGUAUGAUAAGAUCUGUGAGGAGGCCCAUGCAAGAUCCAAGGAUGAAAAGAUCUUGCACAUCAAGCACUGGCUGGACUCCCCCUGGCCUGGUUUCUUCACUCUGGACGGCCAACCCCGCAGCAUGAGCUGCCCCUCCACCGGGCUGAACGAGGAGGACCUGACGCACAUCGGCCAAGUGGCCAGCUCUGUGCCUGUGGAGGACUUCACCAUCCACGGAGGCCUGAGCCGAAUCCUGAAGACCCGUGGGGAGAUGGUGAAGAACAGGACUGUGGAUUGGGCGCUGGCUGAGUACAUGGCGUUCGGCUCCCUGCUGAAGGAGGGCAUCCACAUCCGCUUGAGCGGGCAGGACGUCGAGAGGGGCACCUUCAGCCAUCGCCACCACGUGCUGCACGACCAGAACGUGGACAAGAGGACCUGCAUCCCGAUGAACCACCUGUGGCCCAACCAGGCUCCCUACACCGUCUGCAACAGCUCUCUGUCUGAGUACGGCGUCCUGGGCUUUGAGCUGGGCUUUGCCAUGGCCAGCCCCAAUGCCCUGGUGCUCUGGGAAGCCCAAUUUGGAGACUUCCACAACACCGCCCAGUGCAUCAUUGACCAGUUCAUCUGCCCCGGGCAAGCCAAGUGGGUCAGGCAGAACGGCAUCGUCCUGCUGCUCCCCCACGGCAUGGAGGGCAUGGGCCCUGAGCACUCAUCUGCCCGUCCAGAGCGGUUCCUGCAGAUGUGCAACGACGACCCCGACGUCUUCCCUAAGCUGGACGACUUCGACGUGCGCCAGCUGUACGACUGCAACUGGAUCGUCGUCAACUGCUCCACUCCAGCCAACUUCUUCCACGUCCUGCGGCGUCAGAUCCUCCUGCCCUUCCGCAAACCGCUGAUCAUCUUCACUCCAAAGUCGCUGCUGCGCCACCCCGAAGCGCGCUCCAGCUUCGAUGACAUGCUGCCAGGCACCAAUUUCCUCCGGGUCAUCCCCGACAGCGGCCCCGCAGCGCAGAGCCCGCAGAGCGUCCGCCGGCUGCUGUUCUGCACCGGAAAGGUUUACUACGACCUGACACGGGAGCGCAAGGCCCGCAACAUGGAGGCAGACGUGGCCAUCACCAGGGUGGAGCAGCUGUCGCCGUUCCCCUUCGACCUCCUGCAGAAGGAAGCUCAGAAAUACCCCAACGCCGAGCUGGUGUGGUGCCAGGAGGAGCACAAGAACCAGGGCUACUACGACUACGUCAAACCGCGCCUGCGCACCACCAUCAACCGCGCCAAGCCCGUGUGGUACGCAGGCCGGGAGCCGGCAGCUGCCCCCGCCACCGGCAACAAGAAGACUCACCUGACGGAGCUGCAGCGGCUGCUCGACACCGCCUUCAACCUGGACGCCUUCAAGGACCUGGCCUGAGACCCCAACCCCCACAGCCCCCCCGCGGCCGCUGCAGCAUGCGCGUGGCUCUGUCCGUCUUUCUGUGUGUCUGUUGCUCGCCUCCCGCCUCCGUCCUAAACUACACGCCUUGUCAACCCAA